UUGCUUACAUUCCAGGGAGGACAGAGGAAGAAGAGAUGUUUGGCGAUAGCUUGUACAGUUGCUUCUCCGGCCACCGCCGCCCUUCCCAUUCUGCCCCUCUCCCGAUUUCCCUGGACGCCCGCGCCGCCGCCGCCACCACCUGCUGCUCAUCCUCCUCCUCUUGUGCGUCCUCCGUUGCCUUCAAGAACUUUAAUUCCCUGUAUGACCCCGGGUCCGACACCGAGACCCUCGCGCUCACCCUCUCUUCCCCCGCCGCCGCCGCCGCCGCCGCCGGCUCCUCCUUCUCAUCCUCUUGCGACGCCCCUGACGAUGCCGACGCCGGUGGCUCCUGCCCCUCCGAGCGCGACCUCUCCACCGCCAUCGCGUCGCGCCGCCUGCUGCCGGCUUCUCCCGGCCUGUCCAACUCCAUCGUGGACUCCGCGGCGGUCACCGUAGGGGUGGGCGCGGGGGUGGCCGUGCCCACCUACUCGCCCGACCCGUACUGGGACUUCCGGCGGUCGAUGGAGGAGAUGGUGGCGGCGCUGGGCCUCGACGCCGGCGCCCACAGCGCCCACCUCCACGAUCUCCUCCUCUGCUACCUCGCCCUCAACCGGAAGCACGCCCACAAGUACAUCAUCAGCGCCUUCGCCGACCUGCUCCUCACCCUCGCCUCCGCCAAAGGCGCCCCCGGCGACGCCUGACUUGGCGAAGCGGAUCACGCGGUUUGCAGGCCGUUGUCUUGCGCUCAUACCUCUAACGGCGACCUUUUUUUGUUUCUGUUUCCUGUUUCUGUAUGUGUUAUUUCGCUUAUGUUUUCGUUUUUUAUAGUAUUCACUAAUUUUGUGCAUAUUUUUGACAUACAAUUUUAAGAUCACUACUGUCGAUCAUGCACGAAAUUGACAGCUAAUUCUGUAACAUGAUAUUGUACUCCGUGAUCCGAUGUAUUAUUUGAGAUGGACUUCCAUUUUGCUCA